AAGUAGCCGAAUAGCCCUCCUUUGUAACAUUCGACUAGCAGCCCUUCACGUCCGAACAGGUAUAUUUAACGGAAACGUAACCGACAUAUCGAAGGAUUCAUACCCUGCGGAGCUCCGUGUGAGCCGUUUGAGGGGUCAAGAUGUCCGUUUUAACAGUCCGAGCUCUGCACGAGCAGCUCACCGUCAUCAUGGGCGCGUUAACCAAAGCGGCGGUGCUGGAGAUCUGCGGGCUGGUGGAGGAGGGAUACGCGGUGCUGCAGAUGGAAAUCAGCCGCAGCCACAAGGAGAACGAGGACCUGAAGAAGAAACUGCACCUCAUCGAGUCCAUAGUGGUCCGCGGGAGCAGCGGGGGGAAGGCUGUCGAACCGGAGACGGCACCGACCACGGAGGUGUCACAGCAGGCGGAGACAUCGCAACAGCAGCAGGAUGGUGGCGGUGGAGAGGCGCUUCCUGCUACCGGAGGAGAGACGGGAACGCUGCGGGAGGAGCUUCCAGACGUGGUGUUAAUCAAAGAUGAAGACUCCGACAGCAAUGAAACCUUUGAGGAAGAUAACAAAAAAUCAUCUGAUGGAGGGAUGGCCUCAAACAGAGAAAGUGCCACAUCAACUCCAGUUGGGCGGGGUAUGAAGAGAGUCUGGCCGGGAAGUGAAGAGUCAGACAGGAAGUCGUCCUCCGAGCAGCUCACACUGAAGGCAGGGACACAGAGGAAGAGCGUGUCUGUAUACUCCCUGGACUCUCCUCGUAGUGAGCCUGGUUGCUCUGUCCAGCUCAGCGGGGAUGGGGUGGAGGCUGGAGAGUCUGUCUCUUCCUUCUCCUCACAGAUGGAUCCGGACGUACAGCUGGUCCACCAGGAGUGCUCGAUGAUCACUCAAAGCAGCAACAGACCAACAGCGUACUUCAGUAAUGGCACUCUGAUGGAGUCUCAAUCUCCAACUAACAGAUCAGAGCUCGAUCUCAGCCUGACGUGGACAAAACAGUCAAAGAAUCAGAUGAAUUUUGCUCAGUUUCACCAAAAUGAAAACAUGGACGGUGAUGCUUUCGGGCUCAAACUGGUCAGCGUCCUGGGGUCGACAUCCACAGACUGCCAGCUGUCUGAAAGCAGCAACUCUGCGUUUGAGUUCGAGGAAGCUGACAUGAUGAACUACGCUCUCUACAGGGAGCAGUCAGGGCAGACAAGCGGCGGCCCACGAGGAAAACGCUUCAUUUGCACCGUCUGUAACAGGACCUACGCCACGGCUCAGAAUCUGGACGUUCAUAUGAGGAUCCACACAGGCGAGCGGCCGUUUAGCUGUGAACAGUGCGGCAAAAAGUUCACCCAGUCUGCCCACCUGAAGUCACACCUAAGUGUUCACACUGGAGAGCGGCCGCACGCCUGCUCACACUGCUCCAGGAGCUUCGUCAUCAAGUACAGCCUCAAGUUACACAUGAGGAAAUGUCACCCCAAUGUCCCGAGUGACUGAACGUGUUGAUGCUUCAUUUUCAAAUGUUUGUGUAAAGAAAAAAAGUUGAUUCCUGUAAAGAUGUUCUAAAGAUGCAAAGAGCAAAUUAUGUUGUAAGCUUUUAAAAUGAAAAAAAGUUAUUUUACUUAGGAAUUUAAAUAGAAAAUUAUUCUUUUAAUUUCUGUUUAAUCUGGUAACUAGUUCAUUAGAUGACAGAAGUUGUUGAUUGUUUUUCUGGCUUUUUCCAUCACUUUUCAAGCUUCACAAAUUAAAUCAGCUGCUUUCCCAUUUUUAUAAAAUUGAAAAUGUAAACUGAG